UUAAUUAACGCUUGAUGUGGUGAUUUGAAUUUCAUUGUCGAUGGUGCUGACCCCUAAGUUCUACCUCGUGUUUUUGUUUUUCAUUUAAUUGUUUCACGUGUGCAGCAGGGGCAGCAGGUGAAUUUCGCUUGUCAAAAAUAGUUUAAAAAAUUUAUUAAAACUGUUCUCAUAAUAAAAAUAAAGGAAAUACCAAUGGAUUCAGAAGAAAUGGAGUACAAGAACGAGGAGAUGGACGAGGACGAGAGUGAGGACGAGAUGGACGAGUCAAUGGAGGAUAAAGAUAGUGUAAAAAAUGAUGAAUCUAAGCCAGAGGUUUAUUUACCGGGUCGAGUCCUCGAGAAGGGUGAGGAACUAGUGGUGGACAUGUCAGCGUACAGAAUGCUGCAUCAGGCACAGACGGGUGCCCCC